UCUCAAACCAUUAACAUCCAGUCUAAGUGCAGGUCUGAUCAGAGGGCUGGUGCAGGCAGAUUGGCCCUGUUGCCCUAUGAGGAGACCGUGGGAUUGGGGUUGCAGAAAUUCCAUAAGCCUCUUGCCACCUUUGUGAACCACAUGACACAGAUCCAGCAGGACUGGAGACAACUGGGAAUUGCCACAGUGGUUUGGGAUGUGGCCAUGGUUCUCUCCACACAUCUGGAGAUGGGAGCUGUGGAGCUCUUGGGCUGCCCCGCAGUGAAACUGGGUGCUGGCAUAGAGCUGAUGGGCAUAGUGGCUGCCCUGCUGGGUGCUCAUGUGACUGUCAUAGAUCGAAAAGUAGCAUUAGAGUUUUGUAAAUCAAAUAUGCAAGGCAAUUUACCUCCUUGUAUCCAACCCAGAGCUUUUGUUAAGGAGCUGACUUGGGGAAAGAAUUUGGGGAGUUUUUCUCCUAGAGAUUUUGACCUGAUACUUGGAGCCGAUAUCAUAUAUUUAGAAGAAACAUUUACAGAUCUUCUUCAAACACUGGACCAUCUCUGUAGCAAUCACUCCAUGAUUCUUUUACCUUGCUUAAUUCACUAUGAACGGAGUAACUUUUGAGCAAUGCUGGAGAGGCAUUUUACUGUAAGGUUCACUAUGAUACUGAGAAAGAUGUACAUACUUACACAGAAGAGAAGCCACAGCAAGGACCUACAGUUGGCUAUCAUUUAUAAGAAUGCUGUCAUUGAGGGUGUUGAUUAAGGUCUUGGAGACAAAACACACAUGCAGUUUUAAAACAAAGCAGUGCUUUAUGCCAUCGCUGUGAUUUAUUUAUUUAUUUAUUUUUUGAGAGGAGUCUCUGUUGCCUAGCCUGGAGUGCAGUGGUGCAAUCUUGGCUCACUGCAGCCUCUGCCUCCUGGGUUCUAGUGAUUAUCCUGCCUCAGCUUCCCAAGUAGCUGGGACUACAGGCCCACGCAACCACGCCUGGCUAAGUUUCGUAUUUUUAGUAGAGACAUGGUUUUGUCGUGUUGGCCAGGCUGGUCUUGAACUUCUGACCUCAGGUGAUCUGCCCGCCUUAGCCUCCCAAAGUGCUGGGAUUACAGGUGACCCACUGUGCCUGGCCAUUGCUGUAAUUUUUAGUCAUAUUUACUUACUCUGAAAUUCCAUUAAUGUUAAAAGAUUAAGUGUGUGAUUUUGGUUCAUGCUGUUUCUGUACUCCAUACUGCUCCCUCUUGAUAAACAGUUUUCACUGAUGAUAUGAAGCAUUGGUAUAAAGAUGUCUUUAAACUAGCAAGCUUGUUUUGGCGAGGUUAAAUCAUACAAAUAAUUUUAAACACCUUCUGAAAUACAUCGUGUUUAGCCCAGUUUUCUGAUUUUCUGGAUAUAAGACAAGAGGUUUAACAUGUUCCCUGAGCUGUUGGUGCUAUUGAAAUCUUUUGCCCCAUUUAAAUUGUUAAAAACUCUAGGUUGGUUGAGUGGGGUGUGAGUUUUCUGGGGUCUCAUAUUAUGCUUUUUGGCUUAAUUUCAGGUUUAAGUAUCUAAACAAAGGGAUAAGUAAAAAUAAAGUUUUAGUUAUUUUUUGAGAGUACCUUAAGUCUUGGACUCGAAUAUAGGUUAUCUUUAUCAAAUCAAAAGCUGUGGUUUUCCCCCUCAGCUUUACCUUGUCUCAAAUGUUGCUUUAAUGUAAUUGUUUCUUAAGCUUUCCAUGCCUUCUUAAUAAUAUAUAGGAUAAGAGUAAAAAAUAUUCUAAAUCCCAUCCCUCCAUUAAGAGGUUAGCUUCCCAAACAUAAGCUCCUUCUGUAUUGUACUUGUAAUUGCUCAUUCAGUGUCUGUAUUACCCAGUAGACUGUAAGCUUCUUGAGGGCCAGGAAUGCUUCUGCAUCUCUCAUUGUUGCUUCCCCAGGAUCUGGUAUUAAUAUAUCAUAACCAAAUAAUGAAAAAGAUACAUUCCAGUUAGAGGCUUUUGAUUGUUGGUUUAAAUGAUUGUUACAUUGUUUUAUGAUUGACUUUGAUACACUUCAUGAAGUCACACAUAAACUUUUUAAAAAUUAUUUUUAUUUAUUUAUUUAUUUAUUUAUUUAUUUAUUUAUUUAUUUAUUUAGAGACAGAGUCUUACUCUGUCACCCAGGCUGGAGUGCAGUGGUGCAAUCUCGGCUCACUGCAACCUCCAUCUCCCGUGUUCAAGCAGUUCUUCUGCCUCAGCCUCCUAAGUAGCUGGGACUACAGGCACACGCCACCACGCUCGGUUAGUUUUUGUAUUUUUCAUAGAGACGGGGUUUCACCAUGUUGACCAGGGUGGUCUCGAACUUCUGACCUCAAGUGAUCCACCUGCCUCAGCCUCCCAGAGUGCUGGGAUUACAGGCGUGAGCCACGGCGCCCGGCCAAGCUACUUUAUUAUUAACACUUCUCCAUCUCCACUGUUCUGAGUAGUGGGCUUGACAGUUAAACCUUUCCAAAUCUGAAACUUAAAGAGAAAGCUCUGUUUUGCUCAGAAUCUCACGGCAACACUUAUUUUCUCCUGUCAAUUUCAACACUAGUAGUAGACUUCAAGGAAUUUUAAGGUGCUUUUUUUGUUUUUUUUUUUUGUGUGUUAUUGCUACGUUUACCAUUUUCAUUUUACAUGUCUGUCUUCAUACUUGUCUCUUCAUUUAAUAACAUCCCUAUUUAUUUGUGUACAUUGUGCUGAUCUCAAGCAGGUAGUCAUUGUUUAAAGAUGUUAAGUCUUUGUAUUUAUCUAUUGCUGUAUAUAACAAACCACCCUAAAAUUUAGGUGUUUACAUGGCAAACGUUGCGUAUUUCAUGUAUUGGUGGAUCAGGAACUGGGAGCUGAUUUAACUGGGUGAUUUUGGCUCAUGAGGUUACAACAUGUUGACUGGGGCUGCAGUCGUCUGAGGACUUGAUGAGGGUUGGAUGAUAUUCUUUCUGAGCUUAUUCAUAUGGCUGUUGGCCUCAGUUCCUUGCCACACAGGUCUCUCCUUAGCUGGCUGCUUGAGUGUUGAUUUUCAACUCAAGCUGGCUGCUUGAGUUAUGAUUUUCCUCAGAGUGAAUGAUUUAACAGUAGCCAGGGAUAAGCCCCCAUUUAUGACCUAGUCUUAGAAGUUGCACAUAGUCUCAUCGGCUUUAUUAUAUUUGGUAGAAGUGAGUCAUUAAGUGUAGUCUACACUUAAGAGGAGGAGACUUCCACUUCUUGAAAAGGAGAGAACUAUUGGGGAAUUUGUAGGCAUAUUUUGAAAUCACCGGUCUUAAAACCUAAAAUCAAGAGGAGACUCCUUGUGAUGAUUAGCCUGUGGCCAAACUCAGAGUGGAGUCUUGGCAGAACAGGCUAUGGGUAAAAGAGGAUUUAGGUUGGGUAUUAGCCCCCUAAAAUGGGAUGUAAAAUAGCAUGAAGAAUCUAUCAGAAAUUUAGGAGAUGAUGCUAGGAAAAUGUUAGGUAGAUUUACAAUGCUUUUUUAAGUGAUAUAUUCCUAUGUAAAGGAACUAAAUAUAUAUGCUGUGUGAAAACUAAUCAUUAGAUGGACAUGGCAAAAAUAGUCAUUCUGAAUGGUGAAGUUUAUUUUAUUUUUCAUUCAGACAGUGCAUGCUGCCCCUUUCUAAUCUAAGAAACUUUGUUCUCUUCCC